AAAGUGGAAGCUAAAUUAAGGAGAGGGAAAACAAUAGAGAAAGAAGAGAGCAUAGCAGUGAGAGAGAGCGAGCGAAGAAAGAAAGAAAGCGUCGUGAGAAAAUGUCACACGGCGAUACCAUACCCCUUCACCCAUCUUCCCAAUCCGACAUCGACGAGAUCGAGAAUCUCAUCUACGCAUCUCCGGCCACCGUCCUCCCCGCCAGACCACCCAGUCCUCCACGCGCCUCCAUCCCCAUCACCACCUCUUCUCCCUUCAUCAAUUCCAACCUCCCUGCUCCUCUUCCUCCCAAAUCCUCCAUCUCCCAACCUCAACUUCCAAAACCCAUCUCUCUCCCUCCUGCUCCUCCUCCCUCCACCCGACCCGAAAUCUCCUCCUCCGGCUUCGGACCCGCUCCUAAUACCCUCACCGAGCCAGUUUGGGACACCGUCAAGCGCGAUCUCUCCAGGAUCGUCAGCAAUCUCAAGCUCGUUGUGUUUCCCAACCCUUACCGUGAGGAUCCUGGUAAGGCUCUCCGCGAUUGGGAUCUCUGGGGGCCGUUCUUCUUCAUUGUCUUCCUUGGCCUUAUCCUUUCUUGGUCUGCAUCUGUCAAAAAGUCUGAGGUUUUUGCUGUUGCAUUUGCAUUACUUGCUGCUGGUGCUGUAAUUUUGACAUUGAAUGUACUGCUUCUGGGUGGGCACAUUAUUUUCUUCCAGAGUUUGAGUCUGCUGGGUUAUUGCUUAUUCCCUCUGGAUGUUGGGGCAUUAAUUUGUAUGUUGAAGGACAAUGUCAUACUCAAAGUGGUUGUGGUAUGUGUAACAUUGGCUUGGAGCUCUUGGGCUGCAUAUCCUUUCAUGAGUUCUGCAGUCAACCCCAGGAGAAAAGCUCUUGCACUCUACCCUGUUUUUCUCAUGUAUGUAUCUGUUGGUUUUCUCAUCAUUGCCAUUGACUAAAUGCAUCAAUAUUUCUGAUUACUUUGUUCCGAUAACUUCUUGGAAUCUGCUUCUAAAUAGGAAUUUUUGUUUAAUGGUCAACUUCUUAUUCUUUUUUUCCCCUGUUUUUGUGCCCACCUUUUCUUUCUUUUUUCUGUUUGAUAUUUUGGCUAGAUAUGUUUGGAGACAGACAUUUGUAUAAUAUUACAUGGAAAAUAUAUUAUAGGUUCAAGGUCGCUGCAA